AUGAUUGAAGCUCAUGAGCAGUGGCAGUCUGGAAGGGAUCAGGCAAUGCAUCAAUGGGAACAACGUUUCUUGCUCCAGGCUAAUUCUUUGACUGCAAGUGACGAUCCUCUUGGACCAUUGCCCGAUGGCUGGGAGAAACGUGAAGAUCCCAAGACAAGAAGGGUAUACUUCGUGAAUCAUGUGAAUAGAACAACUCAGUGGGAGGACCCUAGGACUCAAGGAGUGUCAGAUCAGCCGCUUCCGGAUGGAUGGGAAAUGCGUUUUACUGAACAAGGUGUACCGUUUUUCAUCGAUCAUUCAACUAAAACGACAACUUACAAUGAUCCGCGUACCGGAAAACCUGUUGGACCGAUGGGUGUCUUUGGAGUGUCGAUGUCAUAUGAAAAGACGUUCCGGUGGAAAAUCGCACAGUUCCGCUAUUUGUGCUUGUCCAAUAGCGUACCGAACCACGUGAAGAUAACAGUAUCACGCACGAAUGUUUUCGAGGAUUCAUACCAGGAGAUUAUGCGUAAGAAUGCUGUUGAUCUUAGACGCAGACUGUACAUACAGUUCAGAGGAGAGGAAGGACUCGAUUAUGGAGGAGUUGCUAGGGAAUGGUUUUUCCUGCUAUCUCAUGAGGUACUAAAUCCCAUGUACUGCCUAUUUAUGUACGCUGGUAACAGCAACUACAGUCUUCAAAUCAACCCAGCUUCAUUUGUUAAUCCUGAUCACCUGAAAUAUUUUGAAUACAUUGGAAGAUUUAUUGCCAUGGCACUCUUCCAUGGCAAAUUUAUCUACUCGGGCUUUACUAUGCCAUUCUACAAAAAGAUGCUCAGCAAGAAAAUCGCCUUGAAAGAUAUCGAGCAGGUUGACACAGAGUUUUAUAAUUCUGUAAUGUGGAUCAAAGACAAUAACAUCGAUGAGUGCCAAAUGGAGCUGUACUUUGUGGCGGAUUACGAACUGCUCGGUGAAUUGAAAACUCAUGAACUGAAGCCAGGUGGAACGGAUAUUGCUGUUACCGAAGCCAACAAACUUGAGUACAUCGCUCUGCUGGUAGAAUGGCGCUUCAACAGAGGCGUGGAACAGCAGACAAAAGCGUUUUUCACUGGUUUUAACUCAGUGUUCCCACUUGAAUGGCUGCAAUACUUUGACGAGAGAGAAUUGGAGCUGUUGCUGUGCGGUAUGCAGGAUGUCGAUGUCGAUGACUGGCAGCGGAAUACCGUGUAUCGUCAUUACGCACCACAAAGCAAGCAGGUGGUUUGGUUCUGGCAGUGGGUGCGAAAUCUUGACCAGGAGAAGCGUGCGCGACUUCUACAGUUUGUCACCGGCACAUGUCGUGUUCCAGUCGGUGGUUUUUCUGAGUUAAUGGGAAGUACUGGACCUCAAUUGUUCUGUAUUGAGCGAGUUGGUAAAGAGAAUUGGCUGCCGCGAUCGCAUACAUGUUUUAAUCGUCUCGAUUUGCCACCAUAUAGAAGUUAUGAGCAGUUGUCUGAAAAGCUGAAUAUGGCGAUUGAAAUGACAGAGGGUUUCGGGAAUGAUAUGGUCGCGAAGGUGGAAGUAGACGCUGCGAGGAAGGAGGAGAUGGAGAAGGUGGUGGUCGAAGACGGAUCAGAUGAUUCUGAUGAUGACGCACCCGGUCUAGAUGGUGAGUUGACGGAGGAACAGAAGAAAGUCGCAGAAGCGGCCGGAUUGGGAGAUCAGAUGGACAAGCAAGUGAAACAGAGUCGUUCGGAGAAGAAGGCUCGCAAGCUCUUCUCGAAGUUGGGUUUGAAACCGGUAACUGGCGUCUCAAGAGUAUGCAUUCGUAAAUCGAAAAAUAUUCUGUUCGUAAUCAACAAGCCAGACGUAUAUAAGAGCCCCGGUUCGGACACCUACAUUGUAUUCGGAGAGGCGAAGAUCGAAGAUCUGUCGCAACAUCAGCAGCUGACUGCUAUCGACAGAAUCAAGCCCAGUGAGGACACCCCAGUGCCUUUGGCCACAGUUCAAGAGGAUGAGGAUGAUGGCACAGAGGAGGACGCAACCGGUAUCGAGGAAAAGGAUAUAGAGCUGGUCAUGUCCCAGGCAAAUACCUCCCGCAACAAAGCGAUUAGAGCCUUACGAUCUGCCGACAAUGACAUUGUGAACGCGAUCAUGAGCCUGACCAUGUAG